CACAUCACCCUCAUCUGGCCCUUUAAACUUCCAGUCGGUUGGCGCGACUCCUGCGGCGGCAUUUAUCGGAGUGAGCUGACGUCACGAAACUUUUCCAACGGAGUGUGCGUGCGUGGAUGAUGAGAGGGUGUGAGCGUGGAGAACACAGCGAGUGAGUCCACCGCUCAGGACGGGUGAAGGAGUCCAAUUUUCAGUAAGUAAACCAGGACCGUUCUUAAGCUCCGGAAAAUAAACGCUUGGAAUCGAGGCGAGACGGAUCGCGGAUCGUCUGGCGCAUCGCUUCUUUUACAAAUAGAAACUUUAAGUCUUGAAAAGUAGAGGUGGCACAUUCCAGGGAAUCGCAGCUGAGACGGAGCGUUUUCCAGCAUGAACCGGGCAUUUAACAGGAAAAAAGAUAAAUCAUGGAUGCAUACUCCAGAAGCCCUGGCCAAACAUUUUAUAGCAUACAAUGUGAAGUUUCUGGGGAAUACAGAGGUUGAUCAACCCAAAGGUACAGAAGUUGUAAGAGAUGCUGUCAGAAAGCUGAAGGAUGUAAAGGACUUUGGUAAAAUAAGAAAUGCUUUUCAGAGACACAUUAAGAAGUCAGAGGGACAGAAGACCCCCAAAGUGGAAUUACAAAUCUCCAUAUAUGGAGUGAAAAUAUUAGAUCUUAAAUCAAAAGAAGUUCAGUACAACUGUCAGCUGCACCGAAUAUCUUUCUGUGCGGAUGAUAAAACGGAUAAAAGGAUAUUCACAUUCAUUUGCAAAGAUUCAGAGUCCAACAAACAUCUCUGCUAUGUGUUUGACAGUGAAAAAUGUGCAGAGGAGAUCACUUUGACCAUUGGCCAAGCCUUUGAUUUGGCAUACAAGAAGUUUCUGGAAUCUGGGGGUAAAGAUGUGGAAACAAGGAAACAGAUAGGUGGCCUUCAAAAAAGAAUUCAAGAUCUUGAAGCUGAAAAUUCUGAGUUGAAGAAGCAGUUACAAGUCUUAGAGGAGCAACUGAUGAUCGCUCCAGUUCCCCCUCUUCUUCAUAUUAACUCUUCUAAUGAGGCCUAUAUGCUUCAGAGACCUUCAUCUCUGUUCUGGUGUCACAACGUGACGUCUUACUCUUGUCUCGAAAUCUCUUCUGUCACACUAACGCCAAUGAGCUCGCCCGACUCUAACCUUUCUGCUGGUCUUCUUACACCUCCACCUGCUAAAGCGGCUCACGUAGAGCCUCCCACUGGAGUCAGUGUUCCUCGCUCUUCUGGAAACAGCAUGCCCUCAAAGACGCCCACCGACGUAUUCGACAUGGUUCCAUUUUCUCCAAUGACCCCUCUGGUUCCAUUACCAGCGAGUAAUGGCUCGCCUCCUCCACCUCCAGCCAGACCUACAGAGAUGAGGAAAGAUCUGUUCGGUGCAGAACCGUUCGACCCCUUCACCUGCGGGGCAGCUGAUUUUCCCCCAGACAUUCAGUCCAAGCUGGAUGAGAUGCAGGUGACUGCAUGUCUGUGAAUUAUUAACAAAUGGACUGGUGUAUAUGAGCAGCUAAUGGAGCUGACGGAGGGGUUCAAAAUGGGACUAACAGUAGAGGGCGCUGUCUUUUCCCUUGAUCCACUAGAUGGUCGCUGCUGAUGCCAAGAGGAGAGAUGUUGAUCACAUUCAUGUUAAACCAUUUGUAUGAAAGUGCCAAACUCGGGUUUACAGUCGAUGUCAAUGUUUUAAUUUUUUCUUAUGCAUUUAAACUUGGUUUACGAAAAGUCUUGAAAUCAGAAGCAGUAGAUGACUAUUUUUCUAAGAACUGAAACCGUAUUUUAGAAAAUAGUGUGUGUUAGAUUGCAUACUCUGUGUUAUCAAACUACACCUACAAACAGCAUUUUUUAAAGAAAUAUUCUGUAUGGGAGAUCACGGCUGUAUAAUGUCGCGCAACAACUCAUAACGUUUUCUUGAUAGCGAUAGUUCCCUAUACAUUAUUUUGUAUAUAUAUUUUUAACACGUAAUGCAUUACUAUACGUAACACUAUAGGGGAUAGGAAACUCGCUCCUUUUGUAUUAAAAAAAGAAUACAAGUAAAAUGAAGAUGUUGUUUUUGUUUAUCGCGAUGGAUUCAUUCAAAUGCAGUAUUUUUUAAACGAGCAGCAGUGCCAUAAAUUGCAGGAUUGGACUAUUUCCGCAUUAACAUGUCCUUGUAUUGCAGUUUAAUUUUAUAUUAUAUAUUUUAGUAUACUCUUGCACAAGGAAGCACUUUGGAGGAGCAGUGUCAAUGUAUUAUUGUAAAUUCACUUUGUAAGCAUUAUUUCAGCCUUUGCUGUUGUAGCCAUUAAAAAAAACGGUACAGAU